AGGUACCCACGAUUCCGGACAUUCGAAGCUCGAAUCUGAAUUACCAUUCAACACAGUACGCUUCGCCAGAAGGACCUUCACCAACAAAACUACCACUAGAUCUUACAGUAUAUUCAAGGAAUUCAUUGCGAGGAACCUGGCCCUGGCUAGAGAAGUGUUACAAUGGCAAUGGAAGACGAUCACACCUGGCUCUCUGUGAUACCAGAAGCGAAACCGGGAACGGCCUUUCUUGAACUGCAGCACUCGGUUGUUUAUGAAAGUGAGAUCCCCGCCCUUCAGGGCACCAGGGAAGAUGGAUGGGUGUCAGACAAUGUUAUUGCCGUCGCAUUUGAGCUACUGGGCAUCUGGACCAGCUGCAGUGAUAAGGGAAUAUCCCUCAUGAAUCCCACCGAUGCCAGGGCUCUUUGCCAGAUAGGAGUGAAAGAGCUCCAAAACUUUGGCCCUGAGGAUCUGAAGGGCCUCGAGAAACUGAAAGACCACCUUCAGGACAAGCGAUGGGUAUUUAUACCAAUCAACGACGGCUAUCAACCCACUAAUGGCAAUAUUUCGAUCUCUCAAGGAAGCCAUUGGUGUCUACUGGUGGUCGAUUUGGUCUGUAAAAAGUCCCACUACAUCGAUUCGUUCGGGGCACUAUUAUCUGAAACGGCAGGCUAUGUGGACGCGGGAAUGCAAAGGUUUUUGGGAUUUCGCGACAAGCCCUGGGGCAUGCAAUACGAACAAAAUUCUCCAAGCCAGAUUCCUGGACAACAGAAUGACGCGGCGAAGCUCGACAAGGGUGCCUGCGGGCCUUUCUUUUAUGCCAUGGCUGCGACUCUCGUAUGGCAUAUCAUUGCCGUCGAAAGGGAUGGGAGGCAUUGGGACGUGGAUAUUCCCGGGCACCCAGAUCAGAUCAGAUUCGACUCAUUUGGCGUCAGAAAGCACCUUCACCUGUUUAUGAGAUUAGCAAAAUACGUUCAAACUGGCGACGGCUGGAGCCCGGAGCUUGCAGACCAUCUUAAGGCUCUUAGCGGCUUUCGGACCCUUUUUUAUUCGCCGCAAUGAGAUGUAUCGAAUUCUCCUCUCCGUCUGACAUCUUCCCCACUAUCUACGCACAUAACAGCUUAACGAAUGGUUAUAGUAAGGGGUUGAGACUAGAUACAAAGACUCGUUUCACCCUUUUUGGAAAAAGCUAGAAUCAAUAGGCAAUUCAUCACUGAGUCAGUCCUCCCCUCAUGAUAAUAGAUUGCUUUGACGCUGGGGCUGCGCGGAACUCGGUCAGACGUGCCUCGACGG